AUGGUCCAAAACCGAAGUCCUGGUGCCAUUUUCAUAGUUUUCUACGAAAAGCCAACAGUUCCAAGACAGAACAAACGUAGCUUUCCAUCAUCAACAACAAAACCCAUCUCCGAUCUGAUCAUAAAUCUUACCCCAGCGACAGCCCACUCCCACAGGAAGUGGACACAAAAUCAAAUCGGGUGUAUUCCUUCCUGUGGUGACAAGCAAUCCCCCCCUUCUAUUGAAAACAUGGUGUAUCACUCUACAUUUAUCGAUGAGGAAGGAAUUGUGAAAGCUUGUGGAUGCCCUUUACUUCCUUUAAAAAGUCACAUAAGAGGACCUGCUCCAGUUUCAGAUCAAGCUACAACUGAUAUAAUUGAUGAAGCAAUUACAUUCUUUAGAGCGAAUGUGUUUUUCAAGAACUUUGACAUACAAAGUCCAGCUGAUAAACUUCUUGUUUAUUUAACAUUUUAUAUAAAUGUGGCUUUGAAGAGGCUUGAAGGGUGUAGAACAUUAGCUGAAGGGACAAAAGCGGUAAUUAACCUUGGUUUGGAAGAUGUUCCUGUUCCUGGUGAAUCCGGUUUCCCUUUUCCUGGUCUUUUUCCAUUCCCUCCCUCUCAAGAAGAAGCAGAGUUAUUACGAAAUUAUUUAAAGCAAAUAAGGGAAGAAACAAGUGGAAGAUUGUUAAGUGUUGCAUACAGACCAAAUGGAACUCCAAACAAAUGGUGGUUAGCUUUUGCUAAACGAAAGUUUAUCAACACCAUCGCCCUAUAAAAUCUGGAUGAAAUUUGUGCAGAUUGGUUCUAAAUUAUGUUGGAUCCAAAGUGUAUGUUAUAUUUUAAUUUUGGGAAAAUUUUUAUAUUGAAUCUUAUCAUGUACACAAAUCAAGGAUUAAAGUUAUUUUGUAGCAUAUUCUCAAU